AUGGGGACGAUGGGGAUGCAGAAAUUUGCGGUCGCCCUCCCCAUGGGGGGUGUUGUGCCGCUGGUGCCCCCAUUGUUGGCUGCCCUGCCGCCAGCGCCGCCUCCGCUAAGGCUGAUUGCACCGCCACCUUUGCCUCAUCAGCAGCCCGGGAGAAAGGGAGAGAAAGACAAUGGAAAGAAUAUGAGCAUUCUAUCCUGUGAAAAGCGGAAAGCUGAUGACACAGACAUUAAUAAAGACUUAAAAAAGGCGAAGUUGGAAACAAAAGCGUUGAAAGCUAAAAGGCCUGGCUUCACAGAUGACCGCUACAACGAGACAUCCUAUUAUAUCGAAAAUGGUCUCAGAAAAGUCUAUCCCUACUACUUCACCUUCACUACGUUCACCAAAGGGAGAUGGGUAGGCGAGAGGAUUCUUGACGUCUUUGCAAGGGAGUUCAGGGCUCAUCCAGCUGCGGAGUACGAGCGUUGUAUCAGAGCUGGCACCCUCACCGUCAACUACGACAGAGUGGACCCAGACUACAGACUGAAACACAACGAUCUGCUAGCGAACGUUGUCCAUAGGCACGAAGUACCGGUCACCAGCCAACCCAUCACCCUCGUUCAUAUCGACGAGGACAUUGUGGUUGUCAACAAACCGGCCUCUAUCCCCGUGCAUCCCUGCGGAAGAUACCGCCACAACACAGUCGUUUUUAUACUCGCAAAAGAGUACAACUUGAAAAAUUUGAGGACCAUUCACAGACUCGACAGGCUAACGUCAGGUCUUCUACUAUUCGGGCGUAGUCCAAAAAAGGCGAGACAGAUGGAGCACCAAAUCAGGAACCGACAAGUACAGAAGGAAUACGUAUGCAGGGUAGAUGGAGAAUUCCCUGAAGACGAAAUUGAAUGCCAAGAGCCAAUUGAAGUGGUGAGUUAUAAGAUUGGUGUAUGCAAGGUAUCUCCAAAAGGCAAAGAUUGUUCAACGGUGUUCAAGAGUCUGGGAUACAACUCUAAGAACAACACAAGUGUUGUGUUGUGUAAGCCGAAGACAGGAAGGAUGCACCAAAUAAGAGUUCAUUUGCAGUACUUGGGCUACCCAGUAGUGAACGAUCCUUUAUACAACCACCCGGUGUUCGGGCCACUCCGUGGCAAAGGCGGCGACACUGGUGGCAAAUCUGAUGAACAGCUAGUCAGAGACCUCAUAGCCAUACAUAACGCCGAGAACUGGCUAGGCGUUGAUGCUGCUGAUGAUGAUUUACUCUUCUCUAAACCAGCUUCAGAAGAUAAGGUUGGUGAAGAUGACUGCGACACUGGUACUGCAUCCAGAGAGUCAUCACCGAGAUUGGAAUCACCAGCCCCUGGUGUUACGCCUUCCACUAUAAUGACGCCGACGCUGGCGAGUCCGUCGAGCGCGGCCGAGGCGCCGCGGGGCGCGCGCGAGCGCUCGCCGGCGUGCGGCGGCACGCUGGCGCCCGAGCCGCUCGCCGAGCCCGCCCGGGACGACGACGACAACGACGCCAAGUCGGACAAAGUGACGGUGGCGACCCAGACGGGCUGCACGCCGGCGGUGGCGGCGGUGUCGGCGGGCCCGUCCGACGCGCUGGCGGCCGACCCGCACUGCUACGAGUGCCGCGUGCGCUACCGCGACCCGCGCCCGCGCGACCUCGUCAUGUACCUGCACGCUUGGAAGUACAAGGGUCCCGGCUGGGAGUACGAGACGGAGUUGCCACAAUGGGCGAACGUUGACUGGGAAGAACCAGAGACAUCAUAG